CCGGGCGGCAUGUUGUACCCCCGGGACACCCCGUCCCGGGAGCGGAAGGAGCUCGGCGGCCUCUGGAGCUUCCGCGCCGACUUCUCGCCGGGCAGGGACGCCGGCUUCGUGCAGCGCUGGUACCGGCAGCCGCUCCGGGAGACUGGUCCUGUGAUUGACAUGCCUGUGCCUGCCAGCUUCAAUGAUAUCACUCAAGACCCCAGCCUGGAGAACUACAUCGGCUGGGUUUGGUACGAGAAGGAGGUGCUGCUGCCUCUGCGCUGGCUGCAGGAUGACCACACCAGAGUGGUGCUCCGCUUCGGCAGUGCCCAUUACUACUCCGUUGUGUGGGUCAAUGGAGUGCAAGUUGUGGAGCACGAAGGGGGCCACCUCCCUUUCGAAGCAGACAUAAGCAGCGUUGUCCAGGGCAGCCCAGGGAUCCCCUGCCGCAUCACUGUCGCACUCAACAACACUCUGACACCCCACACGCUGCCUCCAGGCUCAAUUCAAUACAUGACUGACAAAGCCAGGUAUCCCAAGAACUAUUUUGUACAGAACAUCAGGUUUGAUUUCUUUAAUUAUGCUGGAAUCCAUCGCCCGGUUGUGCUUUACACCACUCCUUCUGUCUACAUAGAUGAUAUUACUGUGACAACUACUUCAUCAGACAGUGUUGCACUGGUGCAGUAUCAGGUGUCAGUUGUUGGCAGCACUUUCUAUUCCUUGUCCCUGAAUUUAUGUGACCAAGAGGGGAAAGUGGUUGCUACAGGUGAUGGGCCAGCAGGAGAGCUGAAAGUCCUGAACCCAAUUCUUUGGUGGCCUUAUCUGAUGCACGAGAGCCCUGGAUACCUCUACUCCUUGGAGGUGAAGACGCAGGCGCAGGUGGACGGGGCGCUGCUGGAGGAUGUGUACACGCUCCCAGUCGGCAUCCGCAGCGUGCACGUCACCAGCACGCAGUUCCUCAUCAACGGCAGGCCCUUCUACUUCCAUGGUGUCAACAAGCACGAAGAUGCAGAUAUCCGUGGCAAAGGGCUGGACUGGCCUCUGAUUGCAAAGGAUUUCAACCUGCUGCGCUGGCUGGGAGCAAACUCCUUCCGCACCAGCCACUACCCCUACGCCGAGGAGAUCAUGGACCUGUGCGAUGCCUAUGGCAUUGUGGUGAUUGAUGAGUGCCCAGCAGUGGGGAUCAAAAUGCCCGAGAGCUUUGGGAACAAAUCCCUGCAGCAUCACCUGGUUGUGAUGGAGGAGCUGAUCCGCAGGGAUAAGAACAGGCCGUCGGUUGUGAUGUGGUCAGUAGCCAACGAGCCGGCAUCAGAGCUGCCCCCAGCAGCUUUUUACUUCAAGACAGUGAUAGCUCACACUAAAGCUCUCGAUCCCUCCAGACCAGUAACCUUUGUGACAGAUGCCAAUUAUGCCCUCGAUCUUGGUGCUCCUUACGUGGAUGUGAUCUGUGUCAAUAGCUACUUCUCCUGGUAUCAUGACCCAGGCCAUCUGGAGGUUAUUCCACUACAACUCACAGCACAGUUUGAGAACUGGUAUAAAACCUACCAAAAACCCAUCAUCCAGAGUGAAUAUGGAGCAGAUUCAGUUCCCGGGCUUCACAGUGAUCCACCCCUGAUGUUCAGUGAGGAGUAUCAGAAAGCCAUGCUAGGAGAGUACCACUCUGUCUUUGACAAGAAGAGGAAAGACUAUGUGAUUGGGGAGCUCAUAUGGAAUUUUGCUGAUUUCAUGACCAACCAAGGGACCACACGUGUUUUGGGGAACAAGAAAGGAAUCUUCACCCGCCAGCGACAGCCCAAAGCAGCUGCAUUUGUUCUUAGAGAAAGAUACUGGAAGAUUGCAAACGAGUCGAGCUGCCUUCCUCCUGUAACCAAAUCACAUGCCCUCUUUUUGAAAUGAAUUCAGAAGUUACAGUGGCUGGGUGCUGUGCUGAACU